GCAGGACCCUCGCGAAACGUCGCCGCAACACCCGCUAUGUCUGGUGCGAACGCUAGGGGACGCUCGAUCUACGAACAACCAAUCAUAGAAGAUAACUCACGGGCAGAAGCUGGUCCAUCCAGCCUCGCGCGAAUCGCGAUCGCACACCAUCUGGACGAUCUGCACGCAGACAGGCUUCAUCGACGGUGGUCGAAUCAGAGCAGCCUGAACCGGCCCCCGCACCACAUUCCCAGUCUAGCACCCUGUCCAACGCGAGCCUCCGCGGUAUGGCGCUGCUGAACGUGCCGCCGCUUUCUUCAGGCACCGUUUCGAGUGCUGCAGAUCGUCAAGAUAUCAUGAACAUUCUAGGUGUGAACACGCCGCAAGUGAACCACACGCAAGCCUCGCCUGCCACGACGUGGGGGACCGUCCACUCGUCGCAGGUCCCGUCGCGUUCGUCCAACAACCCGUCGCAUAACCCGAGCAUCAGCGACCUUGGCCUGUUAGGGCUGCCAGAGCCAACCGCCCUGCUUGGGUCGUCCGAUGAGGACUCGCAGUCGGAUAGCUCCGUGGGAGGCGACUCCGACUCCAUCGAUCAUGACGACUUCAUGACCCCGAGGAGCAGACCCUUAUCGUAUGGUCGCUCGGUAGCUUCGUCGGAGCAUACCCAGCCAGCCCAUACCACACAAGGCAUGGGCAUAUUCCUCGAAGCAGGCACCAGACAGCCCGUGCGCCAGACCAUUCGAGGGCCGCAGGAGCUGGAGGUGGUGACGGAGUCGCUUAUGCGACUGGUUGACGAUGUCAAGGCUCGCGGGGCCACCACCGUUCCGAGAGACACGCAUCCACGCCCAAUCCCCGAGACCCGCCCGAGGCAAUUCUGGGUGCGAGGACAGGUGUCCCGCUGUACAGCUCUCGCCCCCAGUCAAUCCGACCUGAGGUGGCUACUGGCUCGUCUCCACGGUCCCACAGCGGGUCGGCUCAUCGUCUCGAUCGGGAGUACAUGAGUGACUCUGAGCAUGCGCACAACCGUGCUACUCAUGGCCAUACCAUUCCCAGUCGCGCCACAGAACAGCCGGCGACAUCUUCGUUGUCCGGUGAGGCAGUCAUCCCCCCUCCACCAGCGACUGCGCCGAGCAUCUACCAGCGCCAGCCGUCUGCCCCCUCUCGCGUUCGAGCGCGAGCCCCGGUCUGCUCAUUUCGAGUCGCCUGUGUACGCGCCCCGCGAGCACCGGACCCACUCCUCGGCCCCUGCAUCCGCGGUAGACGCGAAUCCUUCCCUGUCGUCACUCAUGGAUCUCAGGGAGGGCUUCUGCUGUCCUUCUCACCCAUCGCUGGGGGCAGCUCGUCUGCCGUCAGCGUCACAGGCCAGGAUUC